AUGUUUUGUCCUCGUAAGCUAUCGAAAUUUCGAGGAAGUUUCAAUGGGCUCUGUUUCUUGAUCUUGCUCUUCUUCCUCACCCAUAAAGAUGGUAUUUUUCGAAACCCAUUUUCGAAAGUUCCAAUCUUUAAACCCAAUCAUCCCGGAAAUCCCACUUUCCGGCGUAGAAUUUACGAAACCACCGUAAAUUCGUUGAAUUUCACACGAAUCACGAACCGGGAAGCCGAUUCAGACCACAAUGCCAUCAUACGUUCGAACCGAAACCCGACAAUCUGCACUGAAAUUUACCACCAUAAUGGGUACACCUCCAAAUGCCACUACUUGAAAGCCAACCCGAAUUGCAAUCCCGGCGGGUUUAUCAACUACAUGAUUUUCUUCUACUGCGACUGUCAAAAAGUCGAGCCUUUGGGUUACAUAGUCCUCACGAUCUGGCUGAUCGCUUUGUUCUAUCUGCUUGGAAAUACUGCAGCCGACUACUUCUGCUGCUCUCUCGAAAAACUGUCUACUAUACUGAAACUUUCGCCCACAGUGGCCGGGGCCACCCUGCUUCCGCUGGGCAAUGGGGCCCCGGACGUGUUUGCCAGCAUAGCUGCCUUUGUGGGCCGGGACUCGGGUGAGGUGGGACUCAACAGCGUCCUGGGUGGGGCAGUGUUCGUCACUUGUGUGGUCGUGGGGGCCGUCUCCUUGAGUGUGGCCGGGAAAGACGUAAAGAUUGACAAGAAGUGUUUUUUUCGGGACGUGGGUUUUUUUCUAAUAGCUCUCGUGUCACUUUUUAUUAUUUUGGUUGUGGGUGAAGUUAGUGUGGCUGGUGCUAUUGCUUUUGUUUCGGUUUAUGUGGUUUAUGCAUUGUGUGUUGGUAUUGGAGAAUUAGUGAGAAAGCACGGGCAGGGGUUGAGGUUGAAUUUGCUUGUGCCCUUAUUGCCCGUUACGGAAAGUGUUUCGUCCGGCGGUGGAAAUGUUGACGAGGAACUUUCGAUUGUGGAUUUUGAGGAUAGCGUGCCACAUUUGGAGUCGAAGUUACCCCAUUGGAUGUGGGCCUCGAAUGUGGUGAUCUAUUCAAACGAGUUUGGAAAAACGAGCGAUGAUGGCGAGGAUCCGAAAUGUUACUUGUGGGGUUGGAAGGAGGAGGAGGAUAGAAGUGAAAAGCGCUCGUGUCUCUCAUGUUCGAAUUUGUGCUUCAUGCUUGAAUUCCCUUUGGCAAUCCCGAGAAGGGUGACAAUCCCUAUAGUCGAGGAGGAUCGGUGGUCCAAGAAAUAUGCAGUGGCAAGUGCCCUUUUUGCACCCCUCUUGUUAUCUAUCCUAUGGGGUGGCUUUUAUUUAAUUGGUGCCGUAGUUGGUUGUACGUUGGGGCUCCUAGCGCUCGUGUGCACGGAACCCGACCGCCCACCUCGGAAAUUUUUGCUCCCUUGGGUUUUGGGCGGAUUCUUGAUGAGCAUAGUUUGGUUUUACAUUAUUGCAAACGAGCUCGUAGCUUUAUUGGUGACUUUUGGUGUCAUGCUAAAGAUCAAGCCUUCGGUUCUUGCGUUGACUGUCCUGGCUUGGGGGAACUCGAUGGGCGAUCUCAUGUCGAAUGUGGCAAUUGCCUUGGGCGGGUCUCACGGGGUGCAGAUCGCGGUCUCUGGCAGUUAUGCGGGCCCAAUGUUCAACACGUUAGUCGGGCUGGGCAUGUCUUUGCUCCUGGGGGCUUGGUUCAAGAGGCCCGGGUGUUACGUGAUCCCAAGGGACUGGAGUCUGUAUUCGACUCUUGGGUUUCUUAUGCUGGGCCUUGUUUGGGCCCUUGUGAUGGUGCCAAGGAAUGGGAUGAAGCUCGGUAAGGUGCUUGGUGUAGGGUUGAUAGCAAUUUAUGUCGGGUUUUUGGUUUUUAGGGCGACCGUGGCCGUGGGUGAGGGGACGCUCGAUGGCUCGAGCUGA